GUGACAUAUCCAUGAAAAGGCAGGAGCUGGAAUCAACUGAACGCGUCUAAAAACAUUUACUGUGGAAAGUUGGUUUUGUUGACUCUCUGGGAUUUAAAAUGUCAAGUGUGUGGUCAGAAAAAAUCCUCCAACUCCUCCGUCGAAUGAAUAACUUUAAUCUACCAGGCUCCGGCCGGGCUGCCUGCUUCAGGUUCGAGAUCAGCGGAGCGCAGGUCGGCUGGAUCCCUCCUCACGUCGCCGCGCUGCUGGCGCAGCACCCGCAGGUGUUCAGCCCGCCGCACGGGGGCGCUGUGGCGCUGCACCCCGGGCUGGACACGCACCAGCGGAGGAGCGAGGCGGUGGAGGCGCUGCUGCAGAGCCUGAGGGAGGAGGAGCAGCUCACCUGCCUGGCAGGGUGGAGGGAUGAGAAGUACAACGUGAUGUCCAGAUUCUCCGAGCCUCCUCUGAUGUGCAUGGAAAGAGCGGCUACGAGCCUUUUUGGGGUGAAGCGAUACGGAGUCCACGUGAAUGGAUACACGGUCGGCGCCGGCGGAGACGUCAGCAUGUGGCUGGCACGGCGCUCCAAAACGAAGCAGACCUACCCUGGACUGUUGGACAACGUGGCGGCAGGCGGGCUGGCUGCUGGUUUGGGAAUCAAACACACUCUCAUUAAGGAGUGUCAGGAGGAGGCCUGUAUCCCAGCAGACCUUGCUGCAGCGGCCCGGCCCGUAGCAACAGUAAGCUACACCUACGAGGACGAGGAGGGCGUAUUCCCUGAGAGCCAGUUCGUCUUCGACUUGCAGCUUCCUCUGGGGUUCAGACCCAGAGUCGGGGAUGGAGAGGUGCAGGACUUCUACCUCCUGCCGAUAGAGAAGGUGAAGGACCUGCUGGCCACCGACGACUUUAAACCCAACUCCGCCAUGGUCGUCUUAGAUUUCCUCAUUAGGCACUCGUUCAUUGAGCCAGAUUCAGAGCCGUGCUACCAGGAGUUGGUGACGGGACUCCAUCACACACUGUAGAGCGAAGCGGAGGACGACUCCGCUUCGCGUGUCACCGUUGUUCACAUCAGUCCCAGCAAACCCCCCCGGAUGGCAGCAGUGACGCCGAGUCUGCUAGCCGGCAGCUGAGUUUAGGUGGGGGGGGUUCAGGCGGUGGCUGGAAGAUAAAUGACGGUUUCACAAGAGGAUUCUGUCACAUGCAACGCCUCAGAGACUGCUGCCUUGAACUGUCCAACUACCUCCUGGUCAGAAAUGGAGCUGUCGGGAGGAGGCCAGAGGCCGCAGGUUCUGUGUGCUGACUUUAUUUUUAGAUUCGUAAAAUUGUGUUUGCUGAGCUGAGAUGUAGCUUUAAGUGUUUUAUCCUAAAUGUUUUGGCUGUUGUUCCUCCACAGCUUAUUUUUGCCUGGCAGGCAGCGCAGAGAGGAAAGCUGCCACCGGCGCACUUUUAGUGCAUCAUCAUGGUGCGUUUACUGACCGAACCCCUCAGGGCUGUGCGUGGUGCGUUUACUGAUGGUCAAAAUGUAUUAAUAACACAUUAUUAUAAUAAUUAUCUUAUAAUAAUGAAUGUACCCACAUCAAUAUUGACUGGUAUUGUCAGGUAAAACUGACCAACAGCUGAUCAAUCAGUGCAUGUCUCCUUACAAAUGUCUCUUUGUCUUUUCUCUUUCCCCUUCAAAGGAUCUUUUAGAGUUUAGACUUUGAACAGGUAAACAAAAGGAAAAGGUAAUAAAAAGAAACACACAGGGAGCCCAAGGAAGGGGUGCGUGGUUUUUCCUUUACCUGAUUUAAAAAAAUGUUCUAUUAAUUACAACAAUUGUAAAAAAAAAUUAUGACUUGUGUAUAAAAUACAAAAUGCUCAGAUUUUAAAAUCCUUUCAUGUUUUUUUUUUAAUUGUUUUUUGGGGUUUCUGCAAAAUAAAUCAGAUCGCUUGAAGAAUCUGCCCCGAGUGUUAAUAUAUAUAUAUAAUGUGUAUGUAUGUUAAUAUAUAUUCUGGUGGUGAUCCGGUCCAGGGCUGGAGACGGAUCAGCCGUAGGCGGUGAAGGAGCCACCUGAGCUCGUCUGAGGAUCCAGACAUGCCCACGUUUGGAUGAUUGACAACUACUGCUUAUAUUAAUUAAAACGUUCAAUGUGUUGAAAGUAAAAAACAAACUGAAC